AUGUCGACAGAGUCGGCGGCGAACAUGGAAGACGAAGUCGAGAAAGACAUCAACGACACCAGCGGCGUCGCAGAGGACAGCAAUGCAUCGACUGCUGCUGUUGCUCCUAAGAAGCCACGACCUCGCAUCGACACUGUGGACGUCGAUUGGCUGUUCUCUGACCAAGGCGAUAGCCCGUUUGUUACCAUCAAGUGCGGCGAUGACCACAAGUCCUUCGUGGUACUGAAGUCGAUCUUGACGAGGAACUCCGACUUCUUCCAGAAGUGCCUCAAUGAGCCCUGGACCGAGUCGCGGUCGUCAACUGUCCACCUCCCCGACGUCAAACCCGAAUACAUGGAGCUCUACCUCAGACUUGCGACGCGGCAAGCACUCCUGAAUACCGCCUUGCAGACCGAAUCUCUCGUACAGCUUCACGACUUUUUAUGCAACAACCGCCUCGUUCAUUUUCUGAUGUUCUACAAGACUUGCGAUUAUUUGCAAAACAGAGAGUUGGCCAAGGGCGUUCAAGAUUUGUUCUUCGAAUUCAUGCGUAAUCAUACGAGUCCCAAGGUCGAAGAAAGGUGGAAGCCCUACUUCCAAACCUUCGCUCAUUGCUUCGAUUUGCUGGAGCCCGGUCACACCAUACAACGCCGACUGCAACGCUUCUUGGUCAAGAUUUUCUGCGAUCGGGUUUCCUCUGAAAUCUACUUCACACACUGCAAGGUCCUUAAAAACCGUCACGCUUUCGUCUUCGAGGUCACUCAGCAGUUCGCACUCAACGCCAUGUGGAAAGAUGCAUCGACCAAAGCAAAGGCAGACAAACACAAGACGCAGCGUAUGAGUGUGGAUGACGAUUCAGAGGCGGAGGAGUAA